GUUCCCAGUAUCUUUGUGGAUUUAAAGAGAGUCUCAGAUAACCUACUUUAUUAUUUCUUUUUCAAGAUAGCACGACGGCUGUAUCCUAAACUUCAAUACAUUAUCAUGUCGCUCCAAAAUCAAGUCUUCCUUAUUGGUCCUGGAUAUAUUGGUGGGGAAAUACUAGAUCUUUUACUCCAGGAAGGCUGCUAUGAGAUUACGGUACUCGUUCGCAGGCAAGCUGCUGCCGAGGAACUCGCAAAACUUGGUGUCAGGACGGUCAUAGGGUCUCUCAGCGAUUCAGAUAUCAUCGCAAGGCAAGCUUCCUUGAGUGAUAUCACUAUUCAUACUGCAACUGCAGACGAUCUUGUCUCAGUAGAAGCCGUCAUCGAAGGCAUCACUCAACAUGUGCAAAGCGGCCGAGCCGCGAUUUAUAUCCACACAAGUGGAGCGAGUUUGCUUGGAGAUGAUUCAAAAGGCUCGUUCCCCACCGAAGUUUUCUACGAGGAUGAUAGACCGGAACAAAUCGAUGCAGUAUCUGACGAGGCACCACAUCGGAAGAUUGAUCUUGCCAUUGUCAAUGCCAAUAAGAUUCUCGGCCCAAAAGCGAGACUAGCAAUCAUGAUUCCUCCUCUCAUUUACGGAAUAAACUCUCGGGAAAAGCGAUUAUCGAUUCAGUUACCCACUCUGGCUCGAUUUGCGAUAAAGCAUGGCUAUGCCGGGCAUAUUGGGAAAGGUUUAUCAAAGUGGUCACAAAUACAUGUUCGCGAUUUGGCAAGAGGAUAUAUGUCAUUAUUACACACCCUAGAGACCAGUGACUUGGAUAUUGAGAACCCUUACUACUUUUGCAAUAAUGGAGAAGACCUAUCCUGGGGAGAAUGUGCUUCGGAGAUCGGCAAAAUCUUGUACGAGGAGGGAAAAAUCAAGAGUCCCGAGACCAAAAUUAUACCUUUGGAUUCUUACAACGACUUAUUUGGGCCCUAUUCAUCCGCAGUGAUUGGAUCUAACUCCUUGAACCGAGCUAAUCGAUUAAGGAAACUUGGAUGGGAGGCAAGAGAGCAAAAGACUCUCUUAUCUUUGCGUGAUGAAUUGAUGAUGAUAUUGCAGGAAGAAAAGCCUUUUUCGGGAUAUUCUGCACCUGUAGCUUCUGGAUCAAACCGAGACUGAUAAGUCUCGUGGGUUCAAUAAGAAGUUCUUAGAUAUGGGAAUAGAAUAACAAGAAGCACCAAAGCCAUGCAUUUCCAAAAUAACGAAACAAUGACUGCUGGCUGGACUAAUUAUCAUGCGACCCGUAAGCUUUAUGCUAUCUGUCAAUUGGCAUAAUAGUUUACUAAUAAUACACACGCGACUUCCUGCUAUGGUCAGAAUAAGCGAAAGAUUGCAGUUAUCAAGCGGGGCUAAAGUGCUCUCUCAGAUUUUGGCGUUAAACAUCACUGCAACUUUCAAUACACAGGAGCAUCGGAGUUAGAAGAUGUGAUUCGCA